AAAAGCAAAUCCCACGUCACUCCCCUCUCCCACGUUCUCUCGCUUCCCUCUGGUUUGAAGGAUCGGACUGCGUUGAAAAAAGAGUCGAUUUUAUGCGAAUUUCAGGGGGUCUAUAUCCCUGAGCUCUUUAGUUUUUUUGUAUGUGGCUUCAAGAUUGAAGCAAUGGCUUCUCCUUCUUCCUUUGCUACUCUGGGAAGCGUGAGGCCCAAACCAUUAGCCGUCUUCGAGGUCUCUCCCCUGCCUGUGUCCGUUCAGAGAAUUCACGUCAUUUCUAGGGUUAGUUUCGGUUGUGUUGGCGAUGCACCGCGAUGGUCUCGUGCGCCUGGCCGAGUCUGUAGGUGUCUGGUCACCACCGACUUGAUCGAGAAGGGAAUUCCCUUUGCUCCAGAAUCCACUUUUAGGGGUAGUAGUGGUAGCAGAGAAGAUGAUGCGGAUAUUGUCCUUAAGCCUUCUCCCAAGCCUGCAUUGAAGGCCCGGGCGAAUGGGCCUGCUGAUCCUGUGAAUUCAGCAUUGUGGUCUCCAGACCAAGUUGUUCGCGAUAAGAGACCAGGGAUCACAGAGAAAGACAGAGGGAAAGUGAUAGAGUCACUUGGGGAGGUCUUGGAGGAGGCACAAAAACUUGAGACAGUGAAGCCAAGCAGAUUGGUUGGGAAAGAGAUUAGGGACAAUGAUAAGUCUAAUGGUAGCUCUAGACCUAGUAGACCAGUGAACACAACUGCACAGACGAGGAAGUCAAAGACGUUAAAGAGGGUGUGGCGAAAGGGGAACCCUGUGGCAGAUGUGCCGAAGGUGGUUCAAGAACUUCUGAGGGUUGAAAAAGAGAAAGGAAAAGAGAAAGGUCCUUCUCCAGUGACAGAGGCGAAGAAAUCAGAAGCUCUUCCAGCUGCACCUUUGCGACCUCAAGUGUCUUCACCAUCCCAAGCUGUUCCAAAGCUACAAGCAAAGCCUGCUGUUGUUCCACCUACACCUCCUGUGUCCUCUGAAGUAAAGAAACCUGCUAACAUGAAAGACCGGAAACCAAUUCUCAUAGAUAAGUUUGCUUCCAAGAAGCCAGUUGUUGAUCCCAUUCCAGCAGAAGCAUUAUUAGCCCCGACAAAACCAGUGAAAGGACCUCCUCCAUCAAAGGCCAAAGAAGAGCGCCGCAAGAAAUCAAGUGCAGCUGGGGGUUUGCGUAGGCGCCUGGUGGAUGAUGGUGAGAUACCUGAUGAGGAUGCUUCAGAACUUGAUGUGCCUAUUGCUGGUGUAACAGAGGUGAGGAAAGGUAGGAAAUGGCGUAAGGCAAGUCGGAAGGCUGCAAGACUUGAGGCAGCUAAAGCUGCAGCACCUGUUAAAGUAGAGAUCCUUGAGGUGGGUGAAGAGGGCAUGUUGACUGAGGACCUGGCUUAUAACUUAGCAGUCAGUGAAGCAUAUAUCCUUGGGUAUUUAUACUCCAGAGGAGUAAAGCCCGAUACAGUGCAUACUCUGGAUAAAGACAUGGUCAAGAUGAUAUGCAAGGAAUAUGAUGUGGAGGUAAUAGAAAUAGAUCCGGUAAGAGUGGAAGAGAUGGCAAAGAAAAAAGAAAUGCUAGAUGAGGAGGAUUUGGACAUGUUGGAAGAUAGGCCUCCAGUUAUUACAAUAAUGGGUCAUGUCGAUCAUGGAAAGACAACACUGUUGGACUAUAUUCAUAAGAGCAAGGUGGUAGCCUCUGAAGCAGGUGGAAUAACCCAAGGUAUUGGAGCAUACAAAGUUCUCGUCCCGGUUGAUGGAAAGCCUCAGCCCUGUGUCUUUCUUGAUACUCCAGGGCAUGAGGCCUUUGGUGCUAUGAGGGCACGCGGAGCAAGGGUGACUGACAUUACCAUCAUUGUGGUGGCUGCUGAUGAUGGAGUGCGCCCCCAAACAAAUGAGGCAAUAGCUCAUGCCAAGGCAGCCGGUGUGCCUAUUAUAAUAGCCAUAAAUAAGAUAGAUAAGGAUGGAGCUAAUCCAGAAUGUGUUAUGCAAGAACUUUCUUCCAUUGGCCUUAUGCCAGAAGUGUGGGGUGGUGACAUCCCAAUGGUUCAGAUAAGUGCUCUUAAAGGAGACAAUAUCGAUGAACUAUUGGAAACUGUCAUGCUUGUUGCUGAGCUGCAAGAAUUGAAGGCGAAUCCUCAUCGAAAUGCAAAGGGCACUGUCCUUGAGGCAGGUCUUGAUAAAACAAAGGGAUCCACUGCCACAUUGAUUGUGCAGAAUGGAACCCUUAAAAAGGGUGAUGUUGUUGUGUGUGGUGAAGCCUUUGGAAAGGUUCGUGCUAUGUUUGAUGAUAGAGGAGGCCGUGUUGACCAAGCUGGACCAUCUAUGGCUGUGCAGGUAAUUGGCCUGAGCAGUGUUCCUAUUGCUGGUGAUGAAUUUGAGGUUGUUGACUCCCUUGAUAUUGCACGUGAAAGGGCAAAUGCAUGUGCAGAAUCAUUAAGGGUUGCACGAAUAUCUGCAAAGGCCGGGGAGGGAAAGGUCACUCUCUCUUCGAUUGCUUCUGCGGUUUCAGCUGGAAAACAGUCUGGACUAGAUAUGCAUCAGCUAAAUAUUAUUCUGAAAGUUGAUGUUCAGGGUUCAAUUGAAGCCAUCAGACAUGCCCUUCAAGUGCUCCCACAGGAUAAUGUUACUCUGAAGUUCCUCCUCCAAGCGCCAGGUGGUGUGAGUACCAGUGACAUCGAUCUGGCUGUUGCCACUAAGGCCAUUAUAUUUGGUUUCAAUGUGAAAGCACCGGGUUCAGUUAAGAGCUAUGCAGAGAAAAAGAAUGUUGAAAUUCGUCUUUAUAGGGUCAUCUAUGAUUUUAUUGAUGACAUGCGAAAUGCAAUGGAAGGACUUUUAGAGCCUGUCGAGGAACGAGUUCCUAUAGGGUCAGCAGAUGUUCGAGCUACAUUUAGCAGUGGCAGUGGACGUGUGGCCGGAUGCAUGGUCACCAAAGGGAAAGUGGUGAAAGAUUGUGGUGUUCGGAUUGUUCGAAAUGGGAAGACAGUUCACUCUGGAAAUAUUGAUUCUCUGAGACGAGUGAAAGAGGAGGUAAAGGAGGUGGGUGCUGGACUAGAAUGUGGUAUUGGUGUGAGUGGCUUCAAUGAAUGGGAGGUUGGAGAUGUCAUUGAGACUUUUAAUACCGUCAAGAAGCAACGAACACUUGAAGAGGCAUCAGCUUCGAUGACAGCUGCAUUAGUUGGUGCAGGUGUUGGGUUAUGAAACAGGCUAGCUGGUGCAGAACAUCUGCGGAGCAAGUAAUUUUUCAUGGCAGAUCUGAGUGGCAUCUGACUCAAAGGUCAUAAUCUAUCCGCAGCUUCAAACAUACUUUCACGGCUAUGCUUGCAUAGCAUUUGCCACUCCUUUAUUUUGGGAAAUCUGGCUCUGCUGCAGCCAAUAUUGUAUGCUAAUGUACAUAAAGAAUUUCAGCUGUCAGCUUUUCCUUCUAUUUUUGAGAGAAGGGGCAUUUGUUUAACCUUUUGAUGAUUGAUCACAAUUACCAGUAAGACACAAAACGGUAAUGAAAUCAUUGUCAAAAUUUUAUCAUUAACCAUUAUCAUUUUUUAUCCAGACAUUUUCUUCGAUACAUCAGUCAUGUCCAUCCUGUGAUGGUUAUCAGCUGGAUCAUCGAAUUGUAUUGAAUGAACAAAUUAUACCAUUAUACUUAGCAUGGCAUGAUUUGAUGCUAA